AGAGACAUUAGCGUUUUACCGUUUCGAUUUCUACACUGUUCAUAGUUGUUCACCUGAUUAAACCCGACAUAAGCUACCCCACACGUACCAAGAAAACUACUCCCACGUCGAUCGAGAUUGUGAUCUACCUGUACCUGGAAACCACUACGCACCGAGUCAUCGCGGAUGGUAGACCAUCAUCGAACACAUGCUUUCGAGACAAGUACAGAUAAGCGACAACAUGCCCAAACUAUUUCUCCUAUCUAAAGACCGGUCCUCCUUACAGAUGUCCACGGAAGAGGCAAUACAACAACGGGAUCGACACACGACUACGAAAUGUAAUAUGCAACAAUUGCUAGACGUAGCAGAAAUGGCCCUCAACGGUGAAUCGUUACCCGUGCCAAGACGUGCCAAGCGAGUUGAGAAUCAAUCGAAGACUUCGUCGGAGAGCAGCAACAUACCGAGUCCAGAGACUGAAUCGCCUCUGAAUAUGUACCCAGACAACGAAGACGGGUCGCAGGGACCUCGAAAGCCCGACAAGCCCCAGGAUGAAGCUAGAGGGCGAUGUGAAACAUUACCUGAACAUGCAAUCAACGAUAACGAAGAAGAAAUUGACGUCAUCAGUACAGAUGAUCCAAUUCUUCCGCCAUUAUUGUCUAUACCUUCGUCCGUAUCAUCGCCUUCGUCCGCGUGUUCAACUCUGUCUCCAGCAACCAGUUUAUCAACGGAAAACGAAAUAUCAGUCUGCGGAAACAGUCCGUCCACAGUUACAACCUCCAGCGAGACGUCUCCUACAUCACACGGGCAAAUGUCUCCAGACAAAACUACCCAUCGACCAAAAGCGAAACCGUUCAACGUUGAUUUCCUUAUUAGUUCCCCGAGCCAGCCUAAGCCACUCACCGUCCCAUCCAAUGGAUUUCAAUAUUACGGCAGCCAUCUGCCAGUCCACCCGUUAUCGCCAACUGGCACACAUGUAAGUCCGUAUCAAGCAUUCGGUCCACCCAUGAUAGAGCAGAUGCUUGGUUUUCGUCCACCGUUCACAACAAUGCCUGUGUUUGGUAUGCACCCAUAUUCCACUGCGUCGCAGCUUCAGCCACGUUUUGAUGGUAAAGUUCCCAUGACAAACGCAAUCGUUCGAGCAACCCCUCCGAGUAACUAUCCCCACUUCCCGUUGCAGCCUUUCGCUAACAGGAUGAACCACCCACCUCAGCUGCCACAACGACUCACUGUCCAUCCACAUUCGAUCCACAACGGCAUGACCAGUCCAAACUCGAUAUCUCCAGUAUCCAGCUCCAGUCCAACAUCACCAGUGCAGAAGUACGCGCCACUGCGACGAGCCCCGGGGCGACCGCGAAUGAUCAGCCACGCCAUCCACCUGAAUCAGAAUGGGGUAGGCAUCUCAUCGAGUGAUCAGAAUAGUUUUAUGUGUGAAGUUUGCAAUAAAGUGUUUCCACUACAGAGAUUACUGAAUCGGCACAUGAAAUGUCAUAGCGCCAUCAGGAAAUAUCACUGUGCAUACUGUGGCAAAGGUUUCAACGACACAUUUGACUUAAAAAGACAUGUCAGAACGCACACAGGCGUACGUCCAUAUAAAUGUGAGCACUGCGGCAAGUCCUUCACUCAGCGUUGUUCAUUGGAGUCUCAUCUCAGCAAAGUGCACAACAUGUCCCACAGUUACGCCUACAAACAGCGUCGAACAAAGAUCUACGUUUGCGAAGAGUGCGGCGUUACAUCCGAUAACCCCGACACGCACUACGGCCAUAUCAAAGACAACCAUCCCGACAGCAAUGAACUCAGGAAGUACCAAGACAGGAUGCAGCUCCAAAAAAUGGUCAUGGACCCUUCCAGUGUAACCGAACCGAUGAUCGAGAGCGCCAUCUAACGUCGGAGUAGCGGGAAUGUAUACAUAUUUUAUUUAUUAUGGCAGCUUAUUUUUUACUAAAAGUAAAACUUAUUAUAAUUACAAUUAUAAUUUCGAAUAACGAAAUAUUUAUGAAAACACAUUCUGCAGUUCGUAUUAAAUGUCGACUAUCAGAUUGUUCAAUAUUACUCAUCGACUAUUGAAUAGCGCCACCAUUAGUUUACAAGUUUAUACGCUUUGUUCGUUUGUUUCCAUAUUUUUCUUGAUAAAAGAGACAUUUACCUAUUUUACUAAUAAUUGAUUUUAUUUCAACUCAACUUAUUUUUUAUAAGUGAUAGUACCACUACAUGGAUAUUUUCAGUUAUUUGAGUAUUAUUAUUCCGCAAACCAACGUGCAAAGUUCACGAUCGACAAUUUUACAGUCUGUACAUGCAAAUUGGAUAAAUAUUGUGUAUAGUCUCAUGGAUUACGAUUUAUUGAAAUCCAAAAUAAUUUGAUUGCAUGUUUUUGUAAAUCAAUUUUCUACUAUCAAAACAAUUCAAAGAUAUUCAAAUUUGUUCAUAUUACAAUUUUAAAGAGCAAUAAACUGAUUGUAGCAUGUACUGGAAAAUAGACUGGCAAACCAAAUAGAGUAAACUAGAAUAAUCCCGCUAGUACUGAGCAGAACAUUUAAAGUCAAGUUUGUAUAUAGAAAUGUUAUUUUGAUAAUAAUUGAUGCCGUCGAACUUUCAUCCACCGAACCAUCCGAAGUACUUUUGUAACAUUGUCGCCACAUUACAAAUGUCUUCCAAUUCGCCAUUUUGCAAAUAUUAAUAUUGUUAAAUUUGUAUUCACAAUAACUAGAAUAUGUUUUGGCAAUUUUUUUGAUAAUGUUUGACUAUAAUUUUGUAUCGUCCAGUUCAGCAGCUGUGCCAUUCAAUUUUGCCAAUUAUCGAGUGUGGGUUACUCAAGAAAACUGUCUUAUUGAACUAUACUUUUUCGUUUUACAUAAAUACUAAUAUUAAUAUUGUUUAUAAACCAUUUUAAUGGCUUAACUAUUGUGUUGUGUAAAAUUUGUAUUAUUUAUAUCGUUAUUUUUUAAGACAAUCUGUCGAGGGUAUAUUUCUGCUUUUCUAUACUUCACAGUACUAAAAGACUAGUGUCUUACAAAAGUUAAUUUUCGGACACUCGUCCUUCAUGCUACGACAUCUCUGUCGUGUUUUAUUUAACUUUAUUUAUUUAUUAAUUUAUUUGUUCUCUAGUUCAUUCUGUAUCUGUUUAUCAUAAACAAACCCGUCCUUUAUAAAUAUAGCAAUAAUCAGUUAUGAAAUCUGUAA